UGUCGUUGUCUAAAGCUUGAAUUUUUAUACUCUUAUAUUAUAAAUACGUUUAAUUAAUAUAAAUUAGAUCAAAUUAAGUAAAUUUAAAUAUUGUAAUAAUAAAUAUUUCACAAAUCCCAGUGACUACUGUUGCUACCAUCAUCAUAUAUCAUAAUCAUGUCGGUGCAGAGAACUCCCACAAAGUAUUCAUCAAAUCCAGACCUAACUGCUGAAAAUGCAGUGAGAUUCGCAUCCCGAAAAAGAAAACAACCAGAAGAUUCUGUCUGUGAACAAAUUGAGAGAUUAUCUGAAAAACUUCUCGAAAAAAUGAACACCUGGAAAUCAGAAAUGGAUACCGGAAUUUCAAGUAUUAACAAUAUAAUCGAUUCAGUAAUAAGAAGUGAACUCGAUACAUUAUCUACACGAACCCUGGGCAUGCAAGGUGAAUUGAAUAAGUUAAAUGCAAAUUACGACAAACUCGGAUCAACAAUUUCAAAACUGCAGGUAUGCCAGACUAAAAUUCUUAAAGACAUACAGGAUUUGAAAGAUAGUAUGGAAUACCAGUCUAACCUACAGUGUGAUUUGCAAAAGCGGGUGUGUGAGUUAGAAUCGGCAAAUAAAACUUUCAUUAAAACGGAAGAAAACGUCCAUAAUUUAAAUAUCCAGGUGGGUCAGCUAAAAAACGAAAUUAACAUGUACCAACAAAGAGAGCGUAUGCUUAAUUUAGAAAUAAUCGGUGUACCUGAAAUAAAAAAUGAAUGUCUAAAAGAUCUGACAGUCAAGGUUGCGCAGCAUGCAGGAGUGGUUAUAACUAAGGAUAACAUAGAACAUGCUAACCGUGUUCAACCUAGACAGAUUGUUCAAGGACGACCCAGGACCAUCGUUAUAAAGCUAAAAAGUCGGUUGCAUAAAGACAACAUCAUCUCUGGAUUACGAGGAACUCGUGGACUUAAAACUAAAGACGUGGGUAUUCCGGGCGAAGAUCGCCGUAUAUAUGUCAACGAACAUCUGACCGUUAAUAAUAAAUUGCUAUUGAAAAAGGUAAAAGAUAAAGCUAAAACCAAAUUAUACAAAUUUGUGUGGGUAAAAAACUGUCAAAUUUUCGUAAGACGAAACGAAAAUUCACCGGCUUUAUUGAUGAGAAACGAUACCGACAUAACCAAAAUUUCAUAAAAAUGUCUGUACUAAAUCUCAUCGUUAUAUAUUGUUCAUUUUUUUGUCAAAAAUCUC